AUACAUUACGCCGUGAACUCCUGCCUUGCCCCGCUGUGUGCCCUGCACGGGAUUGCGGUCACCACGGUGGAGGGAAUCGGGAGUGUUAAGACCAAACUCCACCCAAUACAGGUGAGUCGCAACAAACUACACCCAAUACAGGUGAGUCGCAACACACUCCACCCAAUACAGGUGAGUCGCAACAAACUCCACCCAAUACAGGUGAGUCGCAACAAACUCCACCCAAUACAGGUGAGUGUCAAAAACUACACCAAAAACAGGUGAGUCGACCAUAGUAACACCGAAAAGAUGGGGAAAUUCAGACCAUAGAAGCAGCAAUAAGAAAAUUUCAGACCAUUAUGACACGUCACAUGGCGAGGCACGUGAGCUAUGUUACAAUGACCUUCAACUUCAGCCAUUCGCAAAGCUGUAACUAAUGCGUAAUCCGGAACUGAUUGAUGCACUCCAAGCUUCAGAACGUGUUACGGUGUAGACUUCGUGCAGCACAUCUGCAGUGUCUGUAUGUGUAUCAGUGUCAUAACACAUAGGUGAAGUGUCCACACACAAAAAAUGCGCCCAGCAGAUUGUGUAAUUCGUCUUGUACUUAAAUACUUUAUCAAUUAAUCGGACGCUAUUUAUAACAUUACUUUUAUCUCCUUAUUGAUUACCUUCUCUCCAACCUUUAACUACCUUCCCCCAGCACUUUAUGUCAAACCUUUAACUACCUUCCCCCAGCACUUUAUGUCAAACCUUUAACUACCUUCCCCCAGCACUUUAUGUCAAACCUUUGAUUACCUCGUCCCAACACUUCAUGUCACACCUGGAUUACGCUUUUUUGAUUACCUUUCCCCCAGCACUUCAUGUCACACUUUUGAUAACCUUUCGAUUACCUUCCCAUAGUACUUAAUGGCACACCUUUGAUUACCUUUCCUCAAACACUUCUUGUCACACAUUUGAUUACUUUGUCCCCCAACACUUCAUGGCACCACUUUGAUUACCUUUUGAUUACCUUUCCCCCAACACUUCAUGUCACAACUUUGAUUACCUUUUGAUUAGAUUACCUUUUGAUUACCUUUUGAUUACCUUUUGAUUACCUUUUGAUUACCUUUUGAUUACCUUUUGAUUACCUUUUGAUUACCUUUUGAUUACCUUUUGAUUACCUUUUGAUUACCUUUUGAUUACCUUUUGAUUACCUUUUGAUUACCUUUUGAUUACCUUUUGAUUACCUUUUGAUUACCUUUUGAUUACCUUUUGAUUACCUUUUGAUUACCUUUUGAUUACCUUUUGAUUACCUUUUCACCCCGCACGUCAUGUUCCAGUGUGUUGUGUUGUUGCUACUUUAAAUACGACACUUGGAAUAACCCUUGAUCCCCCGCUCACCCCCCCCCCUUCUCUUUGUCCAUACAGCGGCAGAUGGCUGAGAGUCACGGCUCCCAGUGUGGGUUCUGCACCCCCGGGAUCGUCAUGUCCAUGUACGCCUUGAUCCGCAACAACCCCGAGCCUGACCGACACCAGCUCUACGACGCCAUGGACGGUGAGCACUGACUCGUGUUUGUGUUGAGACAGGGUUGUUGAGUUGGAAACAAAUAUGGUUGUUUUGUUUUCAAGGUUGACCCACAAGCAUUAGCGACACCCAUUAGCGACUACCAUUAGUGACUACCAUUAGUGAAUACCAUUAGCGGAUACAGGAAUUUGAGAGCAAUGUCAAACACCAUCGAAUUUUUCCGAACAUAAACUUGUUUCUAAAGCACAAUUAAAAGUUUGAAAAAUGUAACUUUUUUUUUAAAAAAAAUUGAUACCACUCUGUUAGUUUGUGUGAGAGUGGUUAUUAUGUGUGUGUGUGUAUCUUAUAGCGCACCGCUCAUUCAUUGUAUGUUCCCCAUUUCUUUUGUAUAUUGUGGAACCCCAAUCGUGUUCAAGUGCCAGUUUGCUAAUUGUGUUCUAAACGUAUGCGUUUUGUGUCAUCCUGAUAAUAUCGCCCCUUACAUGGUAGGCCCUGACAUGGUAGGCCCUGACAUUGUCGGCCCUGACAUGGUAGGCCCUGAUAUGGUAGGCCCUGACAUUGGCAGCCCUGAAAUUGUCGGCCCUGGCAUAUUGAAACUCUGCACGAUAUAAUCAUUGGUCUUAUAAUGAACUCCACACCAUGUUUAAGACAACAUUUCCAGAAAGUAUUUUUUAAGCCGCCCACCCCCCCCCCUCCCUUUUUUUCCACCGCACUGUACACGAUGGUGAAUGAUUGAAGGUAUCCUUUGAUGCAAUUCCAUUUGUCAUAUGUGUCAGUUAAAAGAUUACAUUUCCUUGUAUUUCAUUUAAAAAAAAAAAUAUUAAUUGAUACUGAAUAAAAGUUCUAUGAAUAAUUUACUGAUACUCAUUUCAACAUUUCUACGAUCUCCAGGUAACUUAUGCCGAUGCACGGGUUAUCGGCCCAUCCUUGACGGUCUCUAUCCAUUCACUAAGGUAAGUGCACAACGCACUUCAAAUAUUAAACUUUGGCAUGAUUGGUAGAUUAGCUCUAAGGUUCUCCACGGAACGGGAGAAUAAAGAAAAUUGAAAACAGUUGUUCGUUCAUUCAGUUAUGUUCAAGGACUGACAUUUUGGAAAGAAACCUUUGAGAAAAACGACUUUUUUUUCAAAAUAAUAUAAAAAUGCGAACAUUUACGAGCUCUUUUUGAUUAAAAGACAAAAACAGUAAGCUAUGUUCGACAACUCUCAAACAAUUUAAAAGUUAAAAGUCGCGUAUGUGAAUUCAGAUAUCAAUUCCUUUAUUAGUUUGAAAGGGCUUUCGACCGAAAUGUUCUCUGUGUAAUGUCCCAUUCUUUUACUCCGAGCUUCAACAUACUUUGUUCAACGAUUUCCUUCACUCAGCUUAAACGCGGCCCUUCAUUUGUAGAUCUAACACUACAGUAAUUCAUAAACCGCAUUUUUAUGUUUAUAUUAUGAUAGUGAUAGUUAAGUAUGUGUUAGUUAUUUUCUCCAUAAUUGGAAACGUAAUAAUCUGUAGACUGUAGAAAAUGAUAUUAUGCUUGCAUACAUUUAUAUCAAGUGCGGUGUGUAUUCAAAUGUUAUUUGUACUGCAAACGCUGCUAUUCUUUUUAACAUAAUAAGGAGUCUGCCGGCUGUCCCAUGGGAGAGAACUGUUGUAGAAAUCAAACAACAUCCCAGACUAACGGUUGUAACCCUUCAAAUGGAUUCACGAAUGGUAAUCAUGUUGAAACAGAUUCAGAUGAGGUAAGACAAAUAGUAAUAGCAAGUCCAAUAUGAGUAAAUGUUACCAGCUUACCAUCUGCAUAUUUACUUUUAAUCUAAUCCGUGAUUUCUUGUGUAGAAGCUGCAUGUAAUUCAUGUAAAAAAAAAAAUAAACAUUGACUCAACAAAAGUAUUGUUAGAAUAAUUGCUGUGAUUUGAUGUACAGUAGUCUACUUAAUGGUUUUUCCAAAUCCAAUCAAUUGAAUCAAAAUUUAAACAAUUAGAAUUUGGUUUGAUGUUUGCUACCAAUAACUGGGUUUUUGGGAUUUAUUUGUUUGUAGGAAUUUGAGCAGAAACCCCAAGAAUUACUAUAUGAUCCUACCCAAGAACCCAUUUUCCCACCAGAGUUAAAGGUAAAUUAUUUUAUUAGCACUAUUUAUAAGACAUUGGCUUUCUUCUUUAAACUCUAUGCUUAGCCAGUGCUGUCCUAAGGGAGAUAGGUACACUGGACACUGGCCUAAGGGAGGCCAGUUCCCAGUGUUCCCCCUAUUCAGGUAAUUGAAUUUUACUUUAUUAAUUGACUACAUUGCUAAUUGUAUGUUAUUAGGAUGUUUUGCUUAAGAAUAAAAGUAUUUUAUGAUGAGAUAAAAUGUUUUCUCAGCUGCAAUAAACAGUAUUUGGAUGAACUAAAUGGUGUAGCAUGUUUACGGAAUUUCUUUAGCAAGCACGCUCGAAAUGACACAGUGACACAAUACAUUUGUGACUGUGCUUAGUAUCACUUUAAGUCACAAUGUUAUGAAAAUAACAAGAAUUCAUAAUUAAUUUUAUUUUCCAUAUUAAAUAACUGAUAUUUAUUUCAUAGGUAUGAACAUUUUAUAACAAGAAUAUAUUAAAGCCUAUUAAGAAAGAUUUUUUUUUUUUUCAAUUUUGACAACAGCUGAUGUCAGCAAAGCUUAUCACAGAAUAUCUGAGAUUUGAAUCUGAGCGCUGCACCUGGCUGCGUCCUACCACACUGGAUCAACUACUGGACAUUAAAAAGAACUAUCCAGAUUGUAGACUGGUCACUGGCAACACAGAAAUAGGUCAGUGAUCAAAUAACCCCCAGUUGUUUUUUUUUUUUUUUAGAACAACUUUCCUCUCCAACUGGAUUGUUGAAUAUUGUAUGUGAAAACCUGAUGUGCUUUGUAACAAUCCAUUUUAAAUCUUUGCUUUUGGUUCAACUUAUAUUUUCACUAGAAUGCAUUCAUUGUGCAUGAAUCAAGUAAGCUGACCUUUAUGUCUUGGAAAAUUGUACAUAAUUCCAGAAUUAGCAUAAUUUCUGAAAAAGUAGCUGCUUGAAAUUCUAUUUAAUUAAAUUAAAAAAUAGAUCAACAGAAAAGAGUUACCCUUGUGCAAUUCUCUUGAUUUAAAUUUCAUCUUUCUGUCCAUCAGGCAUUGAAACAAAAUUCAAGCAAAGACAUUAUCGUAUUUUGGUGAGCCCGGCAUUUGUCCGGGAGCUGAGGGCGGUAAAGAUAUUGGAUAAUGGAAUCCAGUUCGGAGCCUCUGUGACUCUCACUGACAUGGAGAAACAUUUACGGAAAGCUGUCAACAAUUAUCCAGGUAGGGGUUACAUUUUUUUAAAGCUGAGGCCAAACUUUUGGAAUGUUUUUGUGGGGCCUUUGAAUUGUGAUAGUUGCUUCGUGAAAAAUGUUUUUACUAUUUUCUUUAAUGCGUUGACUCGUAAAGUCAUCACAUUAUAAAGUCAUCACAUUAUAAAGUCAUCACAUUAUAAAGUCAUCACAUUAUAAAGUCAUCACAUUAUAAAGUCAUCACAUUAUAAAGUCAUCACAUUAUAAAAUCAUCACAAUAGAACAGGGUUGGUGGUUGUUGCUCUCAUGUCAUGUUCACUUUAAAAGAAUGUCUUGAAAACUCUCCCCAGAGGAGAAGACCAGAGUGCUGACAGCAUUCUUAGAGAUGCUGACUUGGUUUGCUGGCAGACAAAUAAGGAAUGUGGCUGUAAGUCAAGGGGUCUCAACUUAAAAUCUCAGCAAUUAGUCUGUCCAGUCUUCAGCAAUUAGUCUGUCCAGUCUUAAAAUUGCUGCUCCUAAAGAUUAUAGUUAAUUAUUGUAACUAAAUUUAAAAGCACAUAGUUUGUAAACAUAUUGAAAUCUGAUGUAGUUGAAUAUCUUUGCCAAGCUAUUUAUUUGCCUUUAAAAAAAAAGGUAUAUUAAAAACAUUUGAAGCAUUACACACACAAAAUAUUUAAAAAAAUAAGUUUUUAAGCAUUAGAUAGACAUGCAAAUUUAAAUUUGUACAAGUAUUUUUAAUUUCUUAUAAUUUGAUCAUCUUAUCAGUUGAUCAUAAAUCACAUUUUAAACACACUUGUUCUUCGACUUACAGAGUAUAGGUGGUAACAUAAUCAACGCCAGUCCUAUAUCUGAUUUAAACCCAUUACUUUUGGCCUGCAAUGCUGAGAUUGAGUUUGCUGCACAAGGUUAGUUGGGAAUUAUUCAUUUUCUCCAAAGAGUAUGCUCUUUGUGAAUGUUGUAUUGCUAGCUGAAAAAAUUUUAACACUACCAUCACUGUCUUAAAUGUGUGUCACCAUUAUAAAACUGUCAGUGUUCUCUUUAAUUUGUGGCAAACAAUAAAAAUAUUGUCUAAUGGUUAUGAAGAACUGAUGUGAUUAGUCUAUUUGAAUAUUUCUGUUUGAUUAGUCUUUACUCUUUGCCUUUAUAUUUAGAACAUGGCCAUCGCACAGUUAGAAUGGACUCAGAUUUCUUCCGAGGCUAUAAAAAAACACGAAUGAGACCCAAUGAGAUUUUAGUGUCCAUCACUCUACCAUUUACAAGCGAGGUAAUUUCCAUGUCUUGCACUAUAAGUAACAACAUAAUCUUAUUUAUUUAUAUGCCACCUUGGAUACAGUAUACCUACAAGUAGACCCCACAAUUAUACCAGUAGGCCUCAUACAAUUUUACCAGUAGGCCCCAUCAUACAGUUAUACCAGGCGGCCCCAUUGUACAAUAAUACUAGUGGGCACUAUCAUACAACUAUACCAUUAGACCCAUCAUACAAUUAUACCAUUAGACCCAUCAUACAAUUAUACCAUUAGACCCAUCAUACAAUUAUACCAUUAGACACAUCAUACAAUUAUACCAUUAGACCCAUCAUACAAUUAUAUCUUUAGACCCAUCAUACAAUUAUACCAUCAGACCCAUCAUACAAUUAUACCAUCAGACCCAUCAUACAAUUAUACCAUCAGACCCAUCAUAGAAUUAUACCAUUAAAUACACCCCACCCCCCACCCCCCAACUAGAUAUUCUACCACCACACAAUUCUCUGACCCAAUAUCUAACCUCAAACCCUAACCCCUACUUCUCUUGACCCAAUAUCUAACCCCUGACCCCUACUUCUCUUGACCCAAUAUCUAACCCCUGACCCUGACACUAAACCUUUACAAACAUUCUAAAAAUCCCAUUGAAUCUUUAGAACGAAUACAUGUUUGGUUACAAGCAAGCCAGUCGUCGUGAGGACGACAUAUCCAUUGUUAACGCUGGCAUGAUGGUUGACCUGGGCCACAAUGGAACCAUUAUCAAAGAUAUUCAGAUUGCGUUUGGGGGAAUGUCCAUUAACACCGUCUUGGCUACGAAAACAAUGGAGGCAUUGAGAGGAAGGUAAGAAUUCAAUUAUUUUUUCCUUAAAAUAUAUUUUGGCAACAGUCGGGUGGUUUUUUAAAUUUUUUUUAGGAAAUGAGACCAUCACAUAACAUGUCUGGUAUGGAAUCUUGUAAGUCAGAAAAAAAUUUGCUUCAUGGCAAUAAGCCAAUUUAAAAUGACUACUUAGGCUGCUGUAAGCUAUUUGAAGACUGUGAAUAGUUAUAUCUGGUAAUUACUCUGACUUAGUUGUAAUUGAUGCAAUGAACACGGCUAUGACCUAUAUUAUCCUCGCAGAGAAUGGGACGAGGCCAUCAUGGACAUUGCGUGCUCUCAGGACAUGCUUCCGGCUGACCUCCCCCUGCCCCCAGGCUCACCGGGGGGCAUGGUUGCCUACAGACGGACCUUGACCCUCAGUUUUUUCUUUAAGUUCUACACGGCUGUAACACACAGAAUUCAGCAGGUCGGUUCAGCAGCUUUAGCUAUUCAGGAUAUACGUUUCAAUUCAUAGUAGAGGAGGGCGAGGCUGCUUGCUUAACUACACUAAUAUGUUUCUGAAAUAAUAUUAAUAAUAUUUACAAGAGGUAUACCUAUUCAGUAGUAUACCUAUACAUUAGUAUACCUAUUGAUUUCAUACCAUCUUAAUCUGUGAUAUAAAAUGAUUUAUUUUUUUGACAGACUGACCUUACAUAUCAGUACUCUGUUGGUUUGUUAAAUUUAUUCAGCUUUAGUUCUUAACAAGGGUUUGACUCUUGUCCAUUUGGGCAAAAAUUAAAAUCACUAAAUUUCUUUGACUUUGGAGAUAUAUUCUAAGUAAAAAAAAACAACCAAUCAAAUUUUUUUCAGAAGGUCAUAAUGACCCCCCUGCCUCCAGAAAAUGUUAGCGCGGCACAUCCACUGGUCAGAGGCCCCAGCAGCGGCAGCCAGUUCUACAGUGCCAAACAUCACGACUCCCCCUUUGAUACCAUCGGGCAACCAAUAGUUCAUGUUGCGGCCCACAAGCAGGUCACCGGAGAAGCCAUUUACUUGGAUGACUUGCCUGUUUCUGAGGGUAACUCGUAAAAAAAAAAUAAUCAUGAUAUAAUAAUAGACUUUGUUUGUCAAACAGAUGGAGAAAAACUUAUGGACUUUACAAAAUGUUGUUUAAUUCCUGUAUUUUAUAAUGAAAGCUCUUCAUCUCAGUGACUAUAGUUUGAAAAUUUUUUUUCAGCAAUCCUUACCAAUUAUAAUUUUUUAUCUAUAUUAUUUGAAAAUGUAUUUUUUUAAAGAGCAUCCGGAUAAUAACAAUUUUGAUUUAAAAGGGUGAAGUGACAAUGAAGAAAGUUUUUUUUAAAACUUCACAAAUGUCACAAAUGUGGAUGAUAUAACUUCCAGGUGAGCUGUUCAUGGGUCUGGUGACCAGUAAGAAAGCUCAUGCCCGCCUAGUCAAGGUCGACCUGUCACAUGCUCUAGAGAUGCCCGGUGUCAUCGAUGUAGUGGACUUCCAUGAUGUACCAGGGGACAACGACUGGGACACUACAGAACAAGUUUUCGCUAAAGAAAAGGUGCGUGCGACUGCUUUGGGUGUAAUUUAAUAAUUACUUAAAAAAAAGGGGAGAGCAUCUUUUAAUUUUUAAUACAGUUCAAAUUAUAAUUAUCUUUUAAACUUAUUUGGUCUGUUUGCCUAGGUGGUUCAUGAAGGCCAGGUAAUCGCAGCAGUUCUUGCCACAUCUCAAGCAGAGGCGCAGAGAGGCGCCCACAGUGUAGUAGUUGAGUAUGAAGACCUGGACCCAGUACUCACCAUCAAGCAGGCCAUUGAGAAGAAUAUGUUCUAUCCAUCUGCAGUCAAGGUAAAAGAAAAUCUGUGUGCCAUUGAAUGUGAGUUCUAAACUAUGCACUUAAAUUAGGAUGUUUGAAUCUUUCGUGGCUAGUGAAUAUAAAAUUAUUUAAAUUUAUUUUAAGGGAACUAUUUUGUUUGGAGACUAUUGUUAUAUUAUCUUUAAAUUCAUAUCACCACAGCUGGAUAAUGGUGACGUGGAUAAAGCAUUCCUGACAUGUGACCAUGUUGUCGAGGGAAAUAUGCAUGUGUCAGCACAGGAGCACUUUUAUCUGGAGCCUCAGGGAUGUGUUGUGUACCCCAGAGAUGCAGGGGAGAUUGAGGUGAUAGCCACUACACAGUCACCGACACAGAUGCAGGUCAGCAAAGGGGGGGGGGGAUGUGUGUGUGGUGAUCAAAGAUCAUCUUUCAGAUCUAUAGUAACGUCCAUAAUUAAGUAAAUUAAAUUUUAUCAAUUGAUCAAAAAUGUUAAAUGAAGCCUUGACUAUACCCCCACGUCAGCGAUUCCCAAAUGGUGGCCUGUGGACUGGCGUGAUUCCGUCAGCUUUAUUUUGUGGGUUUGCACAUCUUGUGUCCAGCAACGUGGAAAAACGUAGCGUAUGUUCCUUGUUGGAGUCUCAUUGCAAAGCCACCAAUAAUUUGCUGGACAAUAAAUAGGCUGGCGCAACUUAAUUUGCAUGCCAGUAAUAUGGGGACCCACCUUUGGCAUUAAGUAGCAACUAUUAUCUAAAAUGUUGUUUUUUUUCAAAUAUUUGUUUUACAUUUCCUCUUAGGACUUGGACUAUAAAUGGUCAUAAAUCUUGCAUUGAAGGACUUUAUAUCAUUUCUAAAACAACCUUAACAAAAAAAAUUACUUUUUAACGGCAUAGAUUAAAUGGUAAUAAGUAAUAAACUAUAGUCUUAUACUCCUAUAAAAUGGUAAUAGGUAAUAGAGUAUAGCUGCAUAAUCCUUUUGAAUGGAAAUAAAGUAUAGUUCUAUACUGCUAUUAAAUGUAAUGGGUAAUCAAGGACAUCCUUUGGGUAGGGCAGGGUGGGUCAUUUGCCACCCCCCCCCCGAAUUUGCAGGUUUCAUUUAAAUUUCUAUGUAGUGUGGCAUUUGCUUUCCCCCCCCCUCCCCUCCAAUUUUUAAUUAUCAGGUUCUAUUUAAAUUGCUAUGAACUGUGGCGCCUCCAGUAAUAUAUAACUUAACAAGCCGACCAAGUUUUGUACCAUGUUUUUUGUGUCGCCCCCCCCCCCCCCCUUUCCUGAAAAAACCUGAAUAAUAGGCUUUAGUUGUAUCAUCUUAUUGAACUUUCUGAUCACGGAUUACAAAUGUGUCACAUUUUCAUUCUCAAAUAGAAAAGACAAUUAAUAAAUCUGACAGAAGUUUGGGUAAAACUCCCCCAUGUCAUUGAUUAGGGUCUCUCUGUAAUUCAAAUUUUAUUUGUUUCAUGGUUACAUCAGAAAGGUCUUAUCAAAGUAUUGGGCUACCAAGCCAACCACAUUAAUGUCAAAGUCAAAAGAUUGGGUAAGAAUAUUUUUGUCUUGAAUCUAUGAAGAAAUUCUCUGAUUGUACUGAAUCUUUAGAAGAUUGAAAGAUAAUACUGAAUGAUAGUUGAUUGGAAGAUUGUACUGAAUGAUUAGAUGAUUGAAAAAUUAUACCUAAUGAUUAGAUGAUUGAAAGGUUGUACAGAAUGAUCCUGAUGAUUGAAAAAUUGUACCAAAUGAUUAGAUGAUUGAAAAAUUGUACGGAAUGAUUAGAUCAUUAAAAGAUUUAUAGGAUUAUUAGAUGAUUAGGGUGUAGGGAGCAAUUUUAAAAGUAGUGUGUAAGGAGCAAUUUAAACGUUGUUCGUCAGCCAGGAGUCGACCAUGACCACUUUAAUCAUUAGAUUUGUGCUAGGUCUAUCUGUGGGUGCGCAGAUGGCCAAUGAGGCCGUUUCCGCGCCAAAAUUUUCUUGUGCAGUAGGUGCAGGGAAAUGAUGGGGCAUCUCCGGGAGCAGAGUCAGACAGGGCCUACCUGGCAUGUCUCUUGCGCUCUGCAGCCGCGGUUCUGCCAACUUUAUGUACUGUGUGGAGAAAAAUUUUAACAAUAGUGUGAAGGGAGCAAUUUUGACACUAGUGUGUGGGAGCAAUCUUAACUAGUGUGUGGAGAGCAAUUUUAACAGUAGUGUUAAGGAGCAAUUUUAACAGUAGUGUGUAGGGAGCAAUCUUAUUUGUAGUGUAUAAAGAGCAAUAUUAAUAGCAGUGUGUAGGGAGCAAUUUUAACAGUAGUGUAAAUGGAGCAAUUUUAACAGCAAUUUGUAGGGAGCAAUCUUGAUUUAAAAAUGGAGGUGGGAGUUUGUCUAUGCCAAGUAAAUUAUUUUCUCACAAAAAUAUAACCAAUUGUAAUGUUUAAACUGAGUCAAAUUUAGCUUUAAAAAAAAACAUCUGGGAUUCUGUUUACUGAUUGAUUGCAUUGAAUAGACUCUAGCCAAUCAAAAGUCUUGUUCCAAUUACAGGUGGAGGCUUCGGUGGUAAAGAGACAAGAACCGCAUCCAUUAUUUUACCCAGUGCUGUAGCCGCAGUAAAGUGAGCCACUUGCUAUUCUGGAAUCAGUAGUUUUUAGUAUUUUGCAAUUGGUCAACAGACCCAUGAGUCUCAUUACAAAUUUAAUGUAAUUGGUCAACAGACCCAUGAGUCUCAUUACAAAUUCAAUGUAAUUGGUCAACAGACCCAUGAGUCUCAUUACAAAUCUAAUAUCAUUGGUCAACAGACCCAUGAGUCUCAUUACAAAUCUAAUGUAAUUGGUCAACAGACCCAUGAGUCUCAUUACAAAUCUAAUGUAAUUGGUCAACAGACCCAUGAGUCUCAUUACAAAUUUAAUGUAGCCUACGGAAAGGACUAAGGACUUAGUACGGUCCAGUACUAAGUGACAGUGCUGAUUUAGCAUGAUCCAUUACUAGGUGACAGUGAUGACUUAGAAUGUAUGUUACAGUACUAGGUGACAGUGAUGACUUAGAAUGUAUGUUACAGUACUAGGUGACAGUGAUGACUUAGAAUGUAUGUUACAGUACUAGGUGAUAGUGAUGACUUAGAAUGUAUGUUACAGUACUAGGUGACAGUGAUGACUUAGAAUGUAUGUUCCAGUACUAGGUGACAGUGAUGACUUAGAAUGUAUGUUCCAGUACUAGGUGACAGUGAUGACUUAGAAUGUAUGUUACAGUACUAGGUGAUAGUGAUGACUUAGAAUGUAUGUUCCAGUACUAGGUGACAGUGAUGACUUAGAAUGUAUGUUACAGUACUAGGUGACAGUGAUGACUUAGAAUGUAUGUUACAGUACUAGGUGAUAGUGAUGACUUAGAAUGUAUGUUACAGUACUAGGUGAUAGUGAUGACUUAGAAUGUAUGUUACAGUACUAGGUGACAGUGAUGACUUAGAAUGUAUGUUACAGUACUAGGUGACAGUGAUGACUUAGAAUGUAUGUUCCAGUACUAGGUGAUAGUGAUGACUUAGAAUGUAUGUUACAGUACUAGGUGACAGUGACUUAGAAUGUAUGUUACAGUACUAGGUGACAGUGACUUAGAAUGUAUGUUCCAGUACUAGGUGACAGUGAUGACUUAGAAUGUAUGUUACAGUACUAGGUGACAGUGAUGACUUAGAAUGUAUGUUACAGUACUAGGUGACAGUGAUGACUUAGAAUGUAUGUUCCAGUACUAGGUGACAGUGAUGACUUAGAAUGUAUGUUACAGUACUAGGUGAUAGUGAUGACUUAGAAUGUAUGUUCCAGUACUAGGUGACAGUGAUGACUUAGAAUGUAUGUUACAGUACUAGGUGACAGUGACUUAGAAUGUAUGUUACAGUACUAGGUGGCAGUGAUGACUUAGAAUGUAUGUUCCAGUACAAGGUGAUAGUGAUGACUUAGAAUGUAUGUUCCAGUACUAGGUGACUGUGAUGACUUAGAAUGUAUGUUCCAAUACGAGGUGACAGUGAUGACUUAGAAUGUAUGUUCCAAUACGAGGUGACUGUGAUGACUUAGAAUGUAUGUUACAGUACUAGGUGAUAGUGCUGAUUGGUAAGGCAGGUGGGCUGUUCAUUUUAAAUUCUUGUUCUUGGGCCAUGUCAAAAUUUUACAUUUGAAUAAAUGAUAACAUUUUUCUUAUUGUGUCAUUUGUUGUUAAUGUCGUCCUCUCUCCCAACAGAACCAAUCGUCCAGUUAGGUGUGUAUUAGAUAGAGAUGAAGAUAUGUGCUUGACUGGGACACGUCAUCCAGCAUAUAUCACCUACAAGGUAGGACCAGCUCUAAAACUGACAACUUGCCAGUUGGCAUAUUGAAGUUCUUGUUGAUUUGAUAAAUGAUGCUGUUAUUUCUCUAAAUUUAGGAGCCUAGACCCACAGCAGUCAAUAAAAGAAUUUUUUUGUUCAACUUCAGCAAACUUAAGGCAGGUGUUCUCAACCUGUGGGUCGCGACUCCUUUGGGGGUCACCACAACAUGAGAAACUGUAUUAAAGGGUUGUGGCAUUAGGAAGGUUGAGAACCACUGGCUUAGAGAGUUUCUACACAGUCAACUACUUCUGGCAGGAAAUAAAACUUUAGAAUAUUUUUUUUAAAUUGACACUUAAUCGAGUUUUGGCCGCAUUUGGUGGGGUAGUUUGUUGUUUCAAAGAAAUAGAAAUUAGAGUCACACACUUUAAUUAAAAAUAAACUGCAUCUUUAAAAUUAAAUGAUCAAUGAUAGUUUGUCAAUUUAAUGAAUAUUUUUUUAUUACAAUCUACUCCAUGGGGUAAAAAUAAAAACUGAAAAUAUUCUGCAUUUUCAAAAAACUUUUUAGAUUGGCUUCAACAAUUCAGGGAAAAUUCAGGCCAUUGACGCUCACUUGUAUCUGAACAUGGGACAUUCAACAGAUUUGUCACCAGCUGUAAGUAUAACAGUUGUCUCUAGUAAAAAUGAAGAAGAUUUUAUUUAUGCACAUUUUAAUUAGUCUUUAACAAUAGCUAUGAGGAAAAAAAGGGAGGGGGGGGGGGUGCGCGCAAAAAUGUUACAUAUUUUAGUAAAACUUUUUUUUUAAAAAUUAUAUUUAUUUACAUUUGUUUGAAAUUAUUUUAUCUGUUAUAUGUCACUGAAAGGUUUUAGAAACAGCUGUCCUCGCAUUGGACAGUGCAUACAACACACCAAACUUCAGAGUUCAAGGUCAUCUCUGCAAAACCAACCUGACAUCCUGCACAGCUUUCCGUGGGUUCGGAGGUCCGCAGGCCAUCAUCAUGGCUGAAAACUGGGUGGAUCAUGUCGCUGAGACUCUGGGCAUGGCUCCUGAAGAGGUUUGUCAAGUGUUUUGGAGAAACUAAUAGAUAAAUAGCUGGGGGGGGGGCAUAGACAUUUAUUGUUAGCUGGUAUCAGUUCUAUGUGGUAUUGCAAUAUUAUGUAUGGGCCCCAUUUAUGAUUUUACUUCAGUCAUACUUUGCUAAUGUGCCUUGUAUAGGGAAAGCUCCAUCCACUGUGCCAGACAUUGUUGCAAGGGCUGAUAAGUCUACACAAUGACUGCAAAGAAUGUGUUGAAAUUAUUCAGAAAUAAUUUGUAUAAGAAACUAUUAUGUGCAACCCUUCAUAAUUUAACUCCCUUGCAAACUUUUUAAACUUUUGCCACCACUGCGAAACAAUUAACAGAAAGCAUCAUUUGAGGUUUCAGUGUAGUUUUCUGAUUUUUGUGGCUUGGAAAAGGUCAAGGUCAAACUAGUAAUGAACAUUCUGCUCUUGAUGUUCAGCAGAAGUUUUCUUUUUCUUUUUUCAAGACCUUGACAUUGUCUGCAUGUGAACUAUUGUUUAGGCACAUGGUGUUUGCAGAUAUUGAAAAAGUCCAUCUGUUAUUUUUUGUUUUUUUUUAUGGAUCUAUUUCCUCUGAUAAAGCGUACUCGUUCUCUCUGUCUGUCCUGUCACUAAAUAAAAUUUGAUUCAUGAAUUUCGAAAUAAUUCAUUUUUAAGGUGAGAGCAAAGAAUUUCUUCAAAGAAGGAGAUUGUACACCAUGUGGUCAAGUCGUGACCCUGUGUAAUCUGACCAAGUGUUGGCAGGAGUGCAUGAAGAACAGUGAAUUCCUGAAGAGGAAAGUUGAGGUGGAAAAAUUCAACAGGUAUUUGGUUAUACUCAUGGUAGAUACUUAUGGUAGAUAAACAAGGUGGUACAGAUACAGAUGCGGACGUCAAAAUAAGGAUAGGAAAAGCAAGAGCAGCCUUCCAACAACUCAAGAAUGUUUGGGUCUCUAACAACUUAGGCAGCAAGUUAAAAGUAAGGAUUUUUAACGCUAUGGUAAAACCUGUGCUGCUAUAUGGAGCCGAGACAUGGAGAACAACGGCCGUAAACCUGACCAGAAUCCAGUCCUUCAUCAACAACUGUCUAAGAAGGAUUCUCAGAAUUCACUGGCCAGACAAAAUCAGCAACCAGGAACUGUGGCAGCGGACUAAACAGAAACCCAUUGAGGAAGAGAUUCUCCAGAAGCGGUGGAGGUGGAUUGGUCAUACACUAAGAAAACCUGCUUCUAACAUAACAAAGCAAGCCCUGAAAUGGAACCCACAGGGUAAGCGGAAAAGAGGCCGUCCAAGAAACACUUGGCGCCGAGAAUUGGAGACAGACAUCAAGAAAAUUGGCCAUGAAUGGAAGAUCCUGGAGAAGCUGGCCCAGGAUAGAGAUGCCUGGAGGUCUCUUGUAGGUGGCCUAUGCCCUUGGAGGAACCGCAGACGCCGACGAUGAUCGGUGGAUGCCCCUCAUGGACGAGAAGGCUCAACAACAAUUUGGUUAUACUCAACUGUUUAAAAAAUUUCCAAAUUUAAAUGCAAUGUUUUUGUUUGAAAUUGAAGAAACAAUCAGCCUUGUGAUAGAAACAAUCAGCCUUGGGAUAGACAAAAUCAGCCUUGGGAUAGACAAAAUCAGCCUUGGGAUAGACACAAUCAGCCUUGGGAUAGAAACAAUCAGCCUUGGAAUAGACACAAUCAGCCUGGGGAUAGAAACAAUCAACCUUGGGAUAGGCACAAUCAGCCUUGGGAUAGAAAAAAUCAACCUUGGGAUAAGCACAAUCAGCCUUGGGAUAGAAACUAUCAACCUUGGGAUAAUCCCUGAAGCUGCAUCAUUUGAUGACUUUUAUUUCAACACAUCGCUUUCAUUUUGUAAUAAUUUUAUUUAAAAUUUUUUUGUCCACAAUGGUUUAAAUGUUUCAUACCUUUUAAUUGUGCAUUUUUAUUGCCUAAUUACUAAUAGGAGACCAAUAUCUCUUUUAUUCUUUUUCAAACAUUACAUUUUCAGCAAAAAAUAAAAAAUUUUCUGACAUUUGUUUGGCACAUGUACAUUUACAAAGACAAUGAACAGAGAUGUAUCCACUAGAUCGCACAUGGUACAGAGAUGUAUCCACUAGAUCGCACAUGGUACAGAGAUGUAUCCACUAGAUCGCACAUGGUAUUGUUUAAACUAUUAUUUAAUUCGAUUUUUAAAAAAAAUCCAUUACAGAGAGAAUAGAUGGAAAAAAAGGGGAAUAGCUAUAACCCCCUUGAAGUAUGGGCUCGCCUUCCUACUCCAGUCUAUGAACCAGGUACAAGUACUUUGAUUUUAUCGGGGGAAGUACGUCUCAUAAACUUGUUUUGUUGUAACAUUUACAGUGGGACACGCAGACAUGAGCCAUAAAAAAAACAAAAAACAGAAUUUGUUAUUUCCUUGCUCAUAUUUUCAUCAUAAACUACUAUUUAAAGAAUGAAAUAGUAGAACAAGGUAUGUUGAAGCUUGAAUCAAGAGACAGGACAAUAAGAUGUGAACGUUUCACCUGAGAGCUUUCCUCAGUAGACAAGACAAAUUAAAAUAGGACAAAGAAAUAGAGCAUAGUAAAAGAACUUUAGAGAUCUCCUUUGUUGUUGCCGGAAGUUUAUUAUGUAAAAGAAGAGAUUAACAAGAUUAUUUCCAUUGAUAGAUGUGUAUGGCCUUUUUUUAUAAAAACAAUCAGAGGACUAAGCACAUCCAGCAAUGAUUGAAAUGUUAGGGACUUAUCCAUUCAGAUAAAAUUCUGUGGGACACAUGGAUAAGUGAAUAGAUAGCCUAGCUGUCACAUCGAUUAGUGAAUAGACAGCCUAGGAAUAGACAGCCUAGCUGUCUUUUUUAUUAGUUAAUAGGCAGCCUAGCUGUCUUUUUUAUAAGUGAAUAGAUAGCCUAGCUGUCACAUGGAUUAGUGAAUAGACAGCCUAGCUGUCUUUUUCAUUAGUGAAUAGAUAGCCUAGCUGUCACAUGGAUUAGUGAAUAGAUAGCCUAGCUGUCUUAUAAUGCAUGAAUAGAAAGCCUAGCUGUCAUAUUGAUUAGUGAAAAGAUAGCCUAGCUGUCACAUGGAUUAGUGAAUAGAUAGCCUUGCUGUCUUAUUGAUAAGUGAAUAGAUAGCCUUGCUGUCUAAUUGAUAAGUGAAUAGAUAACCUAGCUGUCUAAUUGUUAAUUGAUUAGAUAACCUAGCUGUCUUAUUGAUUAGUGAAAAGAUAGCCUUGCUGUCUUAUUGAUAAGUGAAUAGAUAGCCUUGCUGUCUAUUUGAUAAGUGAAUAGAUAGCCUUGCUGUCUAAUUGAUAAGUGAAUAGAUAGCCUAGCUGUCUUAUUGAUUAGUGAAUAGUUAGCUUAGCUGUCAUAUUGAUUAGUGAAUAGUUAGCUUAGCUGUCAUAUUGAUUAGUGAAUAGUUAGCUUAGCUGUCAUAUUGAUUAGUGAAUAGUUAGCUUAGCUGUCAUAUUGAUUAGUGAAUAGUUAGCUUAGCUGUCAUAUUGAUUAGUGAAUAGAUAGCUUAGCUGUCAUAUUGAUUAGUGAAAAGAUAGCCUAGCUGUCACAUGGAUUAGUGAAUAGAUAGCAUUGCUGUCGUGUUGAUAAGUGAAUAGAUAGCCUUUCUGUAUAAUUGAUAAGUGAAUAGAUAGCUUAGCUGCCAUAUUGAUUAGUGAAUAGAUAGCUUAGCUGUCAUAUUGAUUAGUGAAUAUAUAGCCUAGCAAUGCUCACAAUAAUUUUUAGCCCGCUGAUUUUCUCACAGACAAUAAUUCAUAAUUAUAAUUAAAAGUGGUAGCUAAUACUUUUUUUAAAAUAACAGUUAAAAGGUGUGUUAUGAAAUUAACUUUUAACUGCUUAGUGAAUCCUUCACCUUUUUCACCAGUUAUCAUAAAAUGUCCUACCGCUUUUUGAAACUCCUCUGACUUGUAUCUCAGGGUGGAGCUCUGGUCAACAUUUACACGGAUGGCUCAGUGCUGGUAACUCACGGAGGCAUUGAGAUGGGCCAAGGUUUACACACAAAGAUGAUACAGGUAAGAGAGACUUUGUAAUGGGUUUUGGUAUUAUAAAAUUCGUAUGUCGACUAAUAGGGUACCUGAAAAAUAUGAUAGGAUAGCUAUACCUGACAAUUGUACAUUUUGACAGCACUCAUAAGUCUAUAAUUAAUUUCUUAAUUUUUUUGUCCUACUGAAAAUAUUUAAGAUAAACAGAUUCAUGGAGAUAUUAGCAUGUGACACAGCACAACAUUAUCAUCCCAAAUAGUUUAAUGGGAUAUCACUAUUCUUGAAAUAAAAUAUGACUUUUUUUUGAAGGCGGGGGAGACUUUGAAAUGGUUUUAUUGCAAAAGUAUUAAAAGAUUGAGACGUAAGCUUGAAAUAUAGAGAUUUAUAUCAAUUUAAUUUUAGGAUUUAGUCCAAAUUAUGUUUUACCCUAAGGACUAAAACACCCAGUCACAUUCUACUACAAGAAAUUAGAAACUUUGACAGAAACCUGCCAAGAUUAAAUCUAUCUUAAAUUGUGCACCAAGAUUAAAUCUAUCUUAAACUGUGCACCAGGACUAAAUCUAUCUUAAACUCUGCACCAAGAUUAAAUCUAUCUUAAAUUGUGCAAUAGGUUGUCAGUAAAGAGCUGGACAUUCCCGUGUCAUGUGUCCACAUCAGUGAGACAUCCACGACGACCAUCCCCAACACGGGUCCUACGGCUGCCAGCAUGUCAUCAGAUUUAUACGGAGCUGCUUUGAUUGUGAGUAGAUCACAUGAAGCUAUUGCAAGUAAGCGAGGUGUGGAUGGAAGGGCUUUGCCUGCGGUGAUUGUGCUCGUGACUAUUGUCAAAUAAUGCACUCCUCUAAAUACUUCUUAGUUGACAAGAAAGAAAAAUUGUGUUCCAGAACUUUUACCAGGAAUAGAAAUGAUUGUGAUGUAUAUUUUAUAUUAUUGAGCUAAACUGUGAUGAAAUGAUAAUGAAGUGCCAUAUAUUUUAUUGUUCCUUAGGAUGCAUGUAAGAUAUUGAAAGAGAGGCUAGCUCCAUUCAGAGCAGCUGCACCCAACAAGACAAUCAAAGAAUGGGUAAGAAAGGAAAUUUGUCAUCAACUUAGGAUCCAUGAAACACAAUGUGCACCUUAAGUUAGAAUUGUGCAGACAAUUUAUACAAUUGAGGAAUAAAAUGCUGGAUUUUUCGUCACUUAAAACUAAUUCUGUCCAAAAAAAAAAGAUUAUUUAUUAAAAAGGGAUAACCGCUACUUUAUUUUUCAGACUUAAUAGUUGUGGCCCUUGUAUUUUUUUUUAAGUUUCAUUUUUUAUUUCUUUUAAGGCACACGAAGCCCAUCAGAAUAGAGUGCCAUUGUCUGCUGUGGGAUUUUACAAGUAAGUUAAUUUUUCUGAUAUUGUAUGUUUGUUGGAUUAAAAAUUUAUGCUUUACAACUUCAAAAUUAUAACAUUCAGUGGUAAAACAAGUUUCUAAAAUGUAUUACUUUGGAAAAAAAUAUUUAAUGUUAAAAUUAUUACACUAUAAUAAGUAUUGAUUCCAAUUGUAUAAUUUUAACGGGGACAACUAUUCAUUAACACUUACGGGAGAUAAUUUGUGAUUUGUUCAAUUGAGAUUUCUAUAAAUUACUUAUUGGCAGGCUUGAGGGCGUUACGCUGGACUGGAGUCAGAAGGUCAACAGCCCAUUCAGCUAUUUCUCAUUCGGAGCGGCGUGUUCAGAAGUUGAGAUUGAUUGUCUUACUGGCGACCACCAGGUACUUUUUGAUUGAUUAAGAUUGAUAGAUAAGGAAUCUUUUAGGAUGUGGAGGACACAUCAAAAUACACAAUAAGGUGAAGGUCACAUUGCCACUUUAAUUCAAUGGGUUCAAAUUUAAUGUUGAUUAAAAUAAUUUUUUUUAAAAUAAUAAAACGAAGAAUUAAUGCUUAGGACAGGCUAGACCAUAAAUAAGGCAAUAAUUGACCCACUUUUAGAUUUCCUCCCAUGCCUCAUUUUACAAUACAUUACCCACCCUGUGAACCACUUCUGCCCACCCUGUGAACCACUUCUGCCCACCCUGUGAACCACUUCUGCCCACCGUAUGUAAACCACUUCUGCCCACCCUGUGAACCACCUCUGCCCAACUUGCGAACCACUUCUGCAAUCUUACAUUGCUAGUAAUAAAGUAAAAUUGUUAAGAGUUUGUUUCUAAAACUUAAACUUUAAAAAAAAAAUAUUUUUUUUACAGGUUUUGAGGACUGACAUUGUCAUGGACGUGGGUCAAAGUCUGAACCCCGCCAUCGAUGUCGGGCAAAUUGAAGGGGCUUUUAUGCAAGUAAGACAACAAAUAUUUUAUAGGCUAAGGAGAACAGAAUUGCAGGACUAGGGGAGGCGUGUGGCUUCUAAAUAUUAAAAAAUAUGAAAAACAUAAGGUUUCAGAUGAGUUAAUUUCUAAAUUGAUCAUGAUGGGCAAGCAAUGCCAAAAACAAAAUAAAAGAAUUGAAGAAGCUAAAAAUUUGUUCCAACUUUUUUUGGGCUAAAUUACCAAUGGCAGCCUUUUUUGUGUUAUUAUUUCUGUAUGAGAUCAAUUUAUUAUGUGAUACUGUGGCCUUUUUUCUUGCAUCCCCACACAAUGGUUUCUUGUGUUGUUUGCUCUGCAGGUAGUUAUACAAAACUGAGGUUAAAAAAUUCGAAAUAAAUUUAAGACCCAAUGAACCUUUCAAAUGUUUUUCAAGUGGGAACAAACCUCUGAAAAAACAACAGAUACAAAAAGAUAUUCUUUUAUUUUAUAUUGUUAUAAUUCUCCUUAAUUCCAGAUAUAGUUUAGGAAUAAGCAGAUUUUGAGCAGAAUUUUUGUAAAAUUAAUGAAAGAUUAAUCUAUCUCCUUUCUUGACUUCUAUCUGGUCGAGAAACAAACGCACACCAUGUACAAAAAAUUAUCCCAAAACUUCUGAAUUCAAAUCAAGGGCAAGCACCCAGGAUUGGCCAGCAUCUAGCUAUUUAAGACAAUCUGUUUUCUGAUUCCAGGGCUAUGGCUUGAUGAUGCUUGAACAAUCUGUUUUCUGAUUCCAGGGCUAUGGCUUGAUGAUGCUUGAAAAAUCUGUUUUCUGAUUCCAGGGCUAUGGCUUGAUGAUGCUUGAACAAUCUGUUUUCUGAUUCCAGGGCUAUGGCUUGAUGAUGCUUGAACAAUCUGUUUUCUGAUUCCAGGGCUAUGGCUUGAUGAUGCUUGAACAAUCUGUUUUCUGAUUCCAGGGCUAUGGCUUGAUAAUGCUUGAACAAUCUGUUUUCUGAUUCCAGGGCUAUGGCUUGAUGAUGCUUGAACAAUCUGUUUUCUGAUUCCAGGGCUAUGGCUUGAUGAUGCUUGAAGAGUACAAGAUGUCACCCGAGGGGAUCCACUUGUCCAGGGGACCAGGGAAUUACAAAAUACCAUCCUUCGCCAACAUACCCCAAGUCAUGAAUGUUUCCCUGCUCAAGAGCAGCAGGAAUCCAAGAGCAGUUUAUUCAUCCAAGGUAAUCAAGGUCAAGACAGUUAUUAAAAAUACAGUCCUAUUGCAAAGAAAUAACAACAAUUUUAAUUAAUUUUAUUUUCAAAACUAAAGGCUCUCAAGUUUUUGAAAUGUUUACGUGCUGUAGUCUUUAAAAAAAAAAAUAAUAAUCACUAAUGACUUUCUCUCUAUUGUCAGCCACAGCAAAUCAGUGGCCAGUGAACAGAUUGUAUUAAAUUUAAAUUAGAAAUUGGCUAAACAAAUUAUAUUAUAAUAUAAUGCACAUUUUUUUACCUGAUUACCAGAUAAUUUAUUCUGUGUCCAAAUAACAUAUUCUGUGACCAAAUAAUUUAUUCUCUGUCCAGAUAAUGUAUUUUGUGCCCAGAUACUCUGUGUCCAGAUAAUGUAUUUUGUGUCCAGAUAAUGUAUUUUGUGUCCAGAUAAUGUAUUCUGUGUCCAAAUAAUGUAUUUUGUGUCCAGAUAAUGUAUUUCGUGUCCAGAUAAUGUAUUCUGUGUCCAGAUAAUGUAUUCUGUGUCCAGAUAAUGUAUUAUGUGUCCAGAUAAUGUAUUUCGUGUCCAGAUAAUGUAUUCUGUGUUCAGAAGUUUUUUGAACCAGGCAAAAAAAGGGCUGAUGUUGUGUUUGGUUGUGGCACACCAGCACUUCUCCCCUUAAAUAAUAUCAGGAUCCCUACCGAACAUCCCAACAUGUCCAAUAUUGAGGAAUAUAUUUGACAUCAAUAAAAACACCCCAUGAUGUUCAUUGGGCUAGCUUCAAGAUCUUUGAAAGUUAUUCAUUACUUUUGAUCUGUAUUGAGCAUUGAAACGUUUUGAAUUAUAAAUUAUGUAUCCCCCCCCCCCCGGGGGGUGUUGGUGAGCCGCCGUUAUGUCUGGCCACGUCAGUUCUGAUGGCAACAAAGGCGGCCAUCAAAGCGGCCAGGUUACAUUCAGAACUACAGGGCUACUUCCCUUUGAACACACCAGCGACACCAGAGAGAAUCCGAAUGGCCUGCAUUGAUAAAUUCACUCAACAGGUA